AUCGAACACAUCGCGCUAGCUGACAAGAUAGCAAAAUAGCACCAUACAUUCGUCUCCUGUAGUUUGCUCAUCCCGCUAAAGCAGUUGUGCACACUGGCCACUCUGAGAUCUCCAGCAUCGAUUCCCACUCGCCGCCUCCUCCGCCUCAACACGCGUCACCGCCUCGCUAAGCACCGGACAAUGUCUGCCGCCCCGUCCGCCGCAUCCACCAUCGACCCGCGCGACCAGCUCCCGACCUCCCGCCCGCCCCGCCCGCUCCCCGACCCGGACCCCUCCGUCAUCCCCGCCUUCGUGCUCAUCGCGCCACCCCCACGCACGCACCCGCGCACCAAGGUCACCGCGCCCUCGCUCUGCGCGGCGUGGCGCGACGCGUUGGCGGCGGAUGACGUCCCCGCAGAGGUCGCCGCGCGCUUCACGGUGAAGGAGGCGAAGCUGGACCCCGCGGCGCUCGCGGAGGAGUUUGGGGAGUGCGCGUGUGUGGUGUCGCCCGCGAACGCGUUUGGGAUCAUGGAUGGCGGGUACGAUAUGGCGCUGUCCGUAGCGUUCACGGUCGAGCGCGACAUCUGGGCGCUCACGAACGUCGUGCAGGACGCGCUGCGCACACAGUACCGGGGCUACCUCCCCCCAGGCGCAUGCGAGCUCGUCCCACUCACGCCCGCCCUCACCGCAUCAAACCCGCUCGGGUGCACGGUGCUCGCGGUCGUGCCGACGAUGCGCACCCCCGAGGACGUGUCCUGGCACGUCGACCUCGUGUACGACUGCAUGUGGAACCUCCUCAGCGCGCUCUGGCGGUGGAAUAACGGGGACCGGCCGGAGGGCGCGGCGAGGGUGGAAAGGGUGCUCAUGACGGGGCUGGGGACAGGGAAUGGGGGGAUCACGUAUGAGCGGUGUGCGAGGCAGAUGGCGCUCGCGGCGGUGAACUUUGCGAGGGGGUGGGGGGAGCGGCCGCGCUGGGACGAUGUGGAGCCGAGGGCGAAGGAGAUGGAUGCUACGCGGAGGGUGUAAAGGGGGCAGGGCGUGGUCGCGGCGGUAUUGAGUAUGGUGUUUUAUAAUACGGUGUCUGUCUGCCAAACAUAUUGAAGACUGCGGGCGCAUCGCGAGCUACGUUUGUU